UGCUCCACUAGUUUCGUACUCGAGUUGACUCUUCUUUAAAAUUCCGUCUCAUGAGCCUUUUCAUUAUUAACGCUGCUUCGCGGCGGUUGUGAUGGCUGAGUCUGCCGUUUGUCCUGCUUUUCAGCUCGGAAGACCGCGCUAUGACCAGAGCUCCUUCCUCGGCAGGUUCAGACACUUUGUUGACAUCAUCGAUCCCAGAACUCUUUUCAUAUCAGAGACCCGCUUGAAGGAAUGUGUUGCACUGCUAGACCAUUUUAAACAUGGAACUCUUCCUCCAGGAACAACAGACCAACAGUUGUGGGAGGCUCAGAAAGUGAAGCAGGCUAUUAUUCACCCUGACACUGGACAGAAGAUCUUCAUGCCAUUUCGUAUGUCAGGUUAUGUCCCGUUUGGAACACCAAUUGUGGUUGGCCUUCUCCUCCCAAAUCAGACUCUGGCAUCCACUGUGUUCUGGCAGUGGUUAAACCAGAGCCAUAAUGCCUGUGUGAACUACGCCAACCGCAAUGCCACAAAGCCAACGCCAACGUCCAGGUUUAUUCAGGGGUACCUGGGAGCUGUCACGAGCGCAGUCUCUAUUGCGGUGGGAUUGAAUGUGCUUAUUGAGAAAUCCAGGACAUUUAACCCAGCCACCAGGCUCAUCAUACAGAGAUUUGUCCCUUUCCCUGCUGUGGCCAGCGCUAACAUCUGUAAUGUGGCUCUGAUGAGACACAAUGAGCUCUCAGAGGGAAUUGAUGUGCUCGACAGCAACGGGAAUGUGGUGGGCUCCUCACGAAUAGCAGCCAAACAUGCACUGAUGGAGACAGCGUUUACGCGAGUGGUCCUGCCUCUGCCCAUCUUUGUCCUGCCUCCUAUAAUCAUGGCCUUCCUGGAAAAACGUCCGCUGUUGCAGGCCCAUCGCUGGCUCAUGCUGCCUGUGCACAGUUUGGUGUGUCUGGCUGUGUUCGGCCUGUCCCUCCCACUGGCCAUCAGCCUCUUCCCACAGAUGUCUGAGAUCCAGGCAUCUCACCUUGAGCCGGAAAUCGCCAUGGCAACAGAUUGCAAGGUGCUGACCUAUAACAAGGGACUGUAACGAAAAGAGAAACACAGCGAGAGAAGAAACUGAGAGAAAGGCAAAGGGAGAAGGCAAAUUAUUCUCUGUCUAAGCAGCUGCCAUCAACAGAUUCCGAAGGCCAUGUAGUGAGGUGGCUGCAGUGGAUUCUUUAGAGAAUUAAACUGUAGCUUUAGAGCAAUACUCAUAUUCAAUUAACUACCUUACCUUAACUCUCAAGCCAUUUGUCAGUUUUUUUCAUUUAUGAGAUUAAUAAUUGUGUAUGUAUGACAGUAUUAACGUAAAAAGGUAACAAGGCCUUACAAUAUACAGGUUUAUUACAGUAUAUGAUAUGAAUGCGCAACAGUAUAUUAUAGUUUAUUAUAUAUAUAUUAUAAUAUAAUUUAUUAUAUAUAUUAUAACAGUAUAUUAUAGUUUAUAUAACUUGUCUAGUUGUAUGAAUUGUAUUAUAUUUAUUACACUUAUUACACUAUAGCAUUAAUGGAUACAAAUGGUCUUGUACUGAUAUUUUCUGAAGGCCUGGAUACACUGAGGUGAUACAGUAGUAUUAAACAUUCAGCAACGUGUACCACUCAUAAUAGCCAGACAUGGUGCCAACAACUGAUCUAGUUUAUACUGCAGUAAAUUUUCAUAUAUUGCAGGAUUUUGCAGGAGAAUAUCAGUCUCGUUCUUAUAGCAUUGUUUUCUGCCAUAGUCAACGCACACUAGUUUACAGCACUUUGCAAAAGCCAGAAACCCCCCUGCACACACCCCCCAUUUGUUUAAUUUCCAGUAAAAACAGGCAUUAGGUACAAGUUAUUUGUUUUAUCAGCUAUUUCCGUGAAAAUUAGAUAUAAGGUAAUAUAUUUACCUUACUUAAUCUAGAACAUCGAAGGAUAAUAAGCGGGGAAAAAAAAUUAAAAGCAAGACCUGGUAUACCACCAAAACUGUUACCCUCAGAUAAACAGCACAUAAAGCGUUCAUCUUUGAGAGAGCUGCACUGUUGUGCCAAAUCUGAAAAAAUCCACAGGUGUUUCUGUCCAUCCUUCUACUUUGAGACAUCUGAAAGGAUGUAUAGCUGUCAAGAAGCCCUUAUUGAGAAAAGAAAAGGCAUAGUGGAAGCUGGUGUUCUCAGACCACCCCAGAGUCUAGACCUGGCAUUGAAUGUGUGUGGGAUUGUAAAAAAAACAAAACAAAACGAAAACAACUUCUAAGACUAAACUUUGGAGGUCUGAAAACACAGCCCUGCAGAUUUCUUUGAAAAACUGAAAGCUCUGAUAAAUGUAUAGAAUGGAAACACAACAUACUGAAAAAAAAUUAUAUUGUUAUUUAGGCGCCUGUGUAAUUUUGUCUGUUAAGUGAAUGUCUGUUUGUUGCUGACAAAACUUGUACUUGGCCAUUUUGCCUGGAAAUUCAAUGUUAGGGGUGGUCUCUGAACUUUGCACAGUACUCUGUUUUAUCAGGUACCUGAAGGAUGAACUUGUGUGAGACAACAGUAAGAUUUCUCCUAAAACCAGUGCCAAAUGUUCACAUUAUAGCCUACUCCAUGCACCAAGGCCUUUAAAAUGUGUACAGUAGGUUACUGAUUAUACUAGUUACACAGUGCGUACUUUAUUACAGUGUAUACUUUAUUACACAGUGCAGUUUACUUGCAACUUUACCUCGCCUGUAUUCCCUUUCCUUCAUGUCUUAAUACUUAUGUACAACUCUGUGUACCCAUGCAUUUUAAAACCUAAUGUUCUUAAAAAUAUAACAUUUUAGAACUUGAUAUUUAUCACUUGUACUGUACGUCAAUGCCAGUCUGUGUCAAAAAUGACCCUAUAUGAGAUCUGUGAAUUGAGGAUGUAUGAGAUCUUUCUAUUGUAUUUUGCACUUCUUAUUAAAUAACACAAUCAUUUAACAAUAAAGAUAAGUAUAUUUAAGAGA